AUGAACAAGCAACACGGAACAGAAACAAAUCGUUACGACUAUGAUGUGUCGCAGAAGGAUCGGCGAAAUUCUGAUUCUCGGGAGUGUUCACCACAUGCUGUGCCGCUACAAGGAAUACCGCUAUACCAAGGUGAAGGUAAUAAUCAAGAAGGAUUGAAACGUUUUGUGGUACAAGGGUACAAGGAUGUGUGGGCUGCAAUAUUAUACAUUUUAUGCAUUCUUGCAACUAUUGGGCUUGGAAUAUAUAAUAUUAUGCGGAAGGAUUCUUCGAUGAAGGAUGUAGAAAGCACUAAUACAACAGCAGAAAAUGAGCCUUCAAAUUCAAAGUCCCUUUGGAGUGUCUACUUUCUUGUUGGCGUGGCUGCUGCCGCUUCCAUCGGUGCGGCGUCCGUGUCGUUUCUACUGAUGCAGAAGUUUCCACGCAAGACAAUUCUUUUUGCAAACAUUGCUGCCAUAAUUAUAAACAUCAUUUCAGCUCUUUUGGCGUAUCGAUCAGGCUAUAUUGUGGCUUCUGCUGUAAUGAUGACAUUAUGUGCCCUGCACAUACUGUGGUUUUACUUUGCACGGCACCGAAUUCCUUUUGCUGCAGAACUUCUCAAGGCCUCUAUCGAUGUGUUGUCUGGCUACAAGGCGGUAUAUUUAUUCAAUGUCAUGUUAUGUGUUGGUUGCACAGGAUUACUUAUACUGUGGGCAAACGCUUUUAUGUGGGCGUUUCGGAGGGUUAAAUGGGAGACAUCCGCUUCUUUCGGGUGGCCUCUGCUUGUGUUCCUUAUGCUUUUCUUAUUUUGGACAUCGCAGGUGACAACUAAUCUGAUGCAUGUAACAACUGCUGGACUUACUGCUACAUGGUACUUUGCUGGUAAGGAGAAUAUGCCAAAGAAUCCCACCCUCGCCUCAUUCAAGCGAGGUACCACCACAAGCUUCGGCUCCAUUUGCUUUGGGUCACUGCUUGUGGCAAUUAUCCGUCUCAUACGGUGGCUCGUGUCAACCGCAGAAGACAGUGAACAUGAAAUAUUACGCUGUAUAUUCCUUUGUAUUAUUGGUUGUUUGGAGAGUUUGAUGGAAUACUUCAACACAUACGCAUUUGUUCAUGUUGCCAUCUAUGGUUGUGGGUACAUUGAAGCAGCGAAAAUGACAUGGGAGUUGUGUAAACAGUGUGUGUUUUCUGCCCUAUUCAAUGACACUCUGAUUGAUGUAACACUCGGGCUACUUGCUACUUGUGGUUCGCUACUGGUUGGUAGUGUUUUUGGUUUUCUCUUAAAAUCCUGGGCAGCAUUCGCGUUUGGUUUUGCCGUUUCUAUAUUGGUUCACCUCCUCAUAUUCUCCCCCGUGGGUAGUGCUGUAACCACCUUAUUCGUAUGUUAUGCGGAAGUGCCUGAGGGCCUUGAGCACUCAUCCCCUGACUUGUACGCGGCUCUUCAGAGAACUGACCAAAACGGCACAUCAAAUGGAGCAGCACCUCCACGUGUGUAA